AUGGCGAUGGGGAACCAGGCUGAGCUCGUCUCCGGGGAGCAGAAGGGGCCAGGCUGGGGGCCGCGGGUCUGGGGCACAGGAUCCCCGGAGUGCCCGGAACAAAUCGUGUCUGUGUCUGCCGAUGGAGAGCUGAAGCUGCUGCCGGAGAAACGCCCGCAGGGGUGGAUAAAGGUCGACUGGAAAGUGAGACUGGAUGCGGUACUCUGGCAGCGGAUCCUGACGGCUGAGAAGGAUAAAGCUGCCUCAUCCUCCAGUGGUCCUUUUUCUGGGAGAGCCGUUUUCCAGCAGGAGACCCUCUCCCUGCGGAUCAGCCCGGUUAGCAGGGCAGACAGUGGGGUCUAUAAGGCAGAAUUUGAGAACGCAUCAGGCAUUUAUACUUCCCUGUGCUUCCGCGUGUUGGUGUGGGAGCCCGUCCGCCCGCCACGCUUGGAGGCACGCAUCCUGCACUGGGAGCAGGGCCGGUGCAACCUCUCGCUGCUCUGCACCGUGCCCGGUGCCGGCAACGUCUCCUACAGCUGGUCCUGCACCGGGCAUCCCCCGGGAGCCCUGGAGCACCAGCCCCGGCUGCACCUGCAGGUCCGUGGGGACGCCGACCCCACCGUCUGCCACUGCAACGCGAGCAACCCGGUGAGCUCGAGCACGGGCAACGUCGAUGUCGAUGCAGCCUGCCGUGCUGCAGCUCCAGGGCUUUUCAGCAUCGUUCCAUGGUGGGCAGUGGCCGUGUCCCUGGGGCUGGCACUGGCCAUCUCAGUAGCCCUCGUCACCUACUACUGGUGGAGGAAGCGAGGAAAGGACCCCCCAGGAGGACAUGACGAGCAGACGCUGACCGUCUACGAGGAGGUGGGCAAAACCCAAACCUGCCGAGACCCUAAUGGGACCAGUGAGGCCACCAUGGGAGGAAACACUGUCUAUGCUGUCAUCAGCACCAAAACGCAGGGACCCAGCCACCCUCAGGAGCCUGAAAGCUCCACCAUCUACUCCACGGUUCAGCCCACCAGGAAGCCUCCUUCUCUCAAGAGGAAGACGCUGGACCCAGCUUUGGUUUCCACUGCCUACGUAGAGGAUACGAGGGGUUCUAGACGCUGGUGCCCCCCGUUGCAGACCUUGCCCCCGGGUCCUGCCGACCACCACCUCUCCUAG